GGCCGGAUGCUCCUUUCUUGGACUGACGCUCAUGGUUAUCACGCAGUUGUCAAGCUCCUUAUCCAUACAGGCCGAAUCGAAUUCAGCUCUGUCGACAUCAACGGUCGAAUGCUGCUUUCAUGGGCGACCAGAAAAGGCCAUGGAGCUGUUGUGGAGGUGCUUCUGGAUAUUGGUGCCGCCACGGCCUCCGGUAUUUAG